UGAGAAGAGAACAGAAGAGGGAGAAGGGAGAAAGCAUCUUCUUCUUGUUCUUCCCUCUACCUGUUCUCUUCUGUUCUCUCACCUAACUCUUCCUCAAUCACUCUCUCUCUCUCUCUCUCUCUCUCUCUCUCCCCCUCUCCCCCGCCUUGUGAUCGAGGUAUACAAAUUUUUUUGUGUGAAUAAUGGAGGUUUUCUUCAGAGGUUUAAGUGAGGAAUCCGCGCCUUCUCAGAUGGACAUCCUUAAGUGUCCAUUUUUGAGGAACAUCAAUGAGCCUACUAAUUUCUCUUUCGCCUCAAGCAUGCCCUUCCCAAUGCCUGUGCGUGGAGGCAAAGGUCCAAUUUUUGAAGAUGGCCCCAACUUUGAUAUGGCAUUCAGGCUUUUCCAUGGCCGUGAUGGAGUAGUCCCACUCUCGGAGAGAUCAUGCGCGGGUAUAGAGAAACGACAACCUGAGGCUGCUCCACCUCAGUUCCACCCAUUAGCUGCAAAGGCAGCAACAAUCAGUCUCUCAUCCUUUGGACCUGGGGGGCCUUUCAGCUUCGAUGCGUUCUCUCAGAAAUGGAAUAAUCAAAAACGAAAAUCAAAAUCAUCCAAAGACUCUUCUUCACAGGGGAAUUCGAAUCACGAGGCGCUGAGCAAUGAAUGGUUGGAAACUGGGAACUGCCCCAUUGCCAAAUCGUACCGUGCAGUGAGUGGAGUGCUACCCCUCGUGGCGAAGGUCCUACAGCCUCCUCCGGGAAUGAAGUACAAGUGUCCCCCAGCAAUAGUAGCAGCCCGAGCAGCCAUAGCACGCACCGCAUUCGCCAAGAACCUUAGGCCCCAGCCUUUACCUGCAAAGGUCUUAGUGAUUGGAGUCUUAGGAAUGGCAGCAAAUGUACCUCUUGGUAUAUGGAGGGAACACACGAAGAAGUUCUCUCCUUCUUGGUUUGCUGCCGUCCACGCAGCAGUUCCUUUCAUAGCAAUGCUUAGGAAGUCCAUUUUGAUGCCGAAAUCAGCCAUGGCCUUUACUAUCGCGGCAUCUGUUCUGGGUCAGGUUAUCGGAUCCAGGGCAGAACGCAACCGACUGAAGGCAGUAGCGGCAAAGGAACUUUCUCUGCCCGAGACAUCCUUCUCCUCGUCCAUUAGCGGGACCACUCAGUUCGAGAUGGUUAAGGUGAAAGGUGGCCGCUGCGGGAACCCAAUGGAGUGGGAAAAGGUUGCACUUCAGGUGGCGAGUCCCUCUUCCUCUACCGAUGUGUUCUGCUGAUUCUUGAAAUUAUUGUCGUAUGCCCAUCAAGACCUUUUGGGUCCGAGGUGUAAUUCUUUCAUGCUAUACUAUGAGAUCGUUGUGUUUGUUUGCUCUAUUCGGGAACCCGGUGGUGCUUUGUUUUCCGUCCUUUGUUGUCGAAUAAAAGAUGAGGAAUUAAGAUUUGGUGUGGAAAAUUCCUUUCUACGGAA